UCGGAAGCAGGAUGCGAUACCGCGGAAAGCCCGGACUUACCUUGUCCACAAUAGUAAGGACAGAACGUUUCUGUUGAGGAUGAUUAGAGCUUACGCGCAAGCGACGAGACGCGAUCACCAGCGCAACGGCAGCAAUGACGCUAGCUCCAAGGAGCAGCCAUUUUUGUCGAGUACACGACUUUAUAGAAUUCAUCAUGUAAUUCGUUAAAUUCUUGGUUAUGGAAGUUGAACGCACCCCAAGUGUUUGCUUCCUCGGAAUCAUCCGCGUAACCAGAUUACCUGACCGCGGCCUGAGACGUCCAUGGACCUUCGGGAACGCCGUGGUACUGCUGACCAAUUCCGCGGAUACAUUCACCACCAAGCGAUUGCGGUUAUGGAUGGAAUUCAGUGUACGGCACUGGAAUUUCAUGUGCCGGGCUAUUCACUGACCUUUGCACCCGUGUUCAGACUACUUCUGCUGUUCUGUUAGAAAUCUUUUCAAUCCAAAAAGCAACGAUCCGUCUACAAUUGACCUAAAUGUCUUUUGACGGCAAUUUUAAGCCUCGACGCCAAAUAAACCUAGGAGGACGACGUCCAGAUACCGACAAGAAUCGUAUUCUUCGACGUGCUGCAUUAGAAAGGAAACAGCGGGCCGAAGAUCGACGUCUUUCAGAACUUUCUAUCAAGCUCCAAGCCCAUGUACGUCGUUGGCUUUUUCAACAACGUUUUCAUAGGGAAUGUCGUGAAAUAUGGUUUCAAAAGUACCGUCCUGAGCAAUUAGUCCAAGUUAAGGAACCUAGGGAACUUCACGACAUGGGAAAUGUCGAGUAUUGGGGCAAUUGCAUUCGGCAGUUUUGCAUGUUCGCGUCGUUACCAGAGGAUGAAGAGGGACUGCUGGCAGUUAUUCACCUUUAUUCAUCCUUAUAUUCUACAUUGAAUUUACCAAAAGUCACGAUGCAACAGCUUUUAUCAUUAACGUUGAGUGACCUUUCCACAACUGACCUUCGCUCAGUACUACCAAACUCACAAGCUGCGAGCUUUCUUUCUGAAGCGCUAAAAGUUGUACAUGUCUGUUCUCAUUACAUGAAAGAACAAGAUGCUCAAAAAUACUUCACGCUUAUUUUGUCCUUGCCACAGCACCAUCCGGACUUACUAAAGCACUCUUCCAAAAAUUUAAUUCAGACUCUUGUGUCUCCUUUACAGGACAAUGCUGGCGAUGUUGCAAAGUUCAUUGCUAUAGCGUCGGUUUUUGUUCAGACUGUUCUUACCAGUUCGUUAUUUACAACAAUUUUACGCUCUUCCAAAGAUGCGUCUUUCACUGUCGCUACAUCCCUUUCCGUCCUUAUUCCUCUUCCCACUUUCGCCUUUGUUAAAUCAUUUUCCACGGAGUUGCUUUUGCCAUUAUUGGCAAAUACAUCCUAUCUUCUUGAACAAGCACCUAGCAACCUAAACUUAUGGACAUUGCUAUCUUUAGAGCUUGAGACUGCGUGCCACUUGCGCGCUGCUUCUGCUAAUCAGCACCCAGAAGAAAAUGACGAGUCGGAUAGUGAUGAGGAAGAAACCAUGACGACUACUCAAGUAAGCUCCAUUCGAAAUGUUUUAAAGAAUGGCUUUGCUCAUGGAAAUUUGUCGGAGCAGGCAUCUCGACUUUGUUCGAGGGCCUUCCUUACCGAUGUAUUUGAAUCAUCAAUAGUUGCGGACAGUCUUGCGUUUCAAUUAAUCUGUCGUGCUUAUACUUCGCUCUUACAACUAAUACCAAAUGAGAAACGUGCGUCUGCUUUGAUGUAUCUUUCACUGCUUAGCAAUGUAUCCGGUAAAGGAGUAACGUUUUUGGAGUACUGUUGGAACACGCUGCACAAUUAUGCCAUUUACUCUCUUUUGCAGCAGCGGCUGGAUCUCCAGGGCUACUUUGGCAAGGACUUGGAUGAAUGGUUCAUUAUGAUAUUAAUGGAACAGGUUUACACUCGAGUGCUUUUUACAAUGAUUGACGAAGAAUUUCACAGCGAAGAAUUCAACCCACUGUUCAAGGUACUUCCAGACUUGUGCAUCUUGUUGAAGAAUACUAUUCUUGGGUUGUACUCGGAUCCUUUACUUCUAGAAGAUAUAAACAAGUCUACUCAUGUUAACUUCGAGGUUCUAAGAGUGUCUACUACGCAAUUACUACAACAACUAUAUCGUGGUAAUGAGCGACGUCGCUUUGUUGACCCGUCUAUGUUUAUGGCAACGGGGUAUUUUAAUCUUUCAGAAUUUGAAACUGGCGUGUUACAAGAGGCCGAAAAACUGAAUGCAACUUUGGAUUCCACAGAGGCUCCGACUACUUCUUUUUAUAGCAAAUGGUAUCCAAAGACAAAUAUUCUAAAUAAUUGUCCUUUUCUGCUGCCCUUUCACUUCCGCAUCCACUUGCUUCAUCGUUUAGUGGAAUCCGACAAAAGAAAGUAUGGUUUUGAUAGCAUCUGGCGUAGAAUGAGUCAUGUCAUUAUUCGGCGCAAUCGCAUAUUUGACGAUGGUUAUGAUGCUUUUCAUACUUUUGGUCCUUUGUUCAAAGGACCGAUCAAAAUUACUUUCGUGGAUGAACAUGGUGUGGUUGAAGAAGGCAUUGAUGGCGGCGGUUUGACAAAAGAGUUCUUAACGUCAAUUUGCCGAACGGUGUUUGAUACCAAUUACGGUUUGUUUUCUGAAACAUUUGCGAACUUGUUGUACCCAAGUACAAAGGCAUAUGCCCAAGAUCCAGAACGUCUUCACUACUACGAGUUUCUGGGUAUGCUUAUUGGAAAGUGCAUAUAUGAAGGAAUACAAAUUGACGCUGCCUUUGCACCCUUCUUUAUUGCCAAAUGGCUUGGUCAUCCAAGUCAUAUUGAUGACCUUGCUGCCUUAGACCUUAAAUUGUAUGAAGGUCUGGCCUUCUUAAAACAUUACAAGGGUGAUGUUGAAAACGAUUUAUCGCUCAGUUUUACCGUUGUGCACGAGGAAUUCGGUGUAAAGGAGGAAAUUGAUCUCAUUCCUAAUGGUAAGAAUAUUUCCGUUACUGAAGCGAAUCGUCUUCAGUACAUUCAUUUGGUUUCUAAUUACUACUUGAAUGCUCGAUUGUCAAAGCAAAGUAAAGCCUUUACUCAAGGCUUCACUCAACUUAUAAAUCCACACUGGCUUGCUAUGUUUCAUGAGAAUGAACUUCAGUUACUCGUCGGAGGUGCCCCGGUAUCUAUUGAUGUUGAUGAUUUACGCAAGCACACUGUUUAUGCGGGUGAGUUUGAUGAAAACAGUCCUACUAUACUCUUUUUUUGGCAAGUACUACGAGAGUUUAGCGAGGAUGAUAAGCGUGCAUUGUUGAAAUUUGUUACUAGUGUUGCUCGCCCUCCGAUUCUAGGAUUUAAGGAGCUCAACCCACUUUUCUGUAUUCGAUCAAAUGGCAACGAUGAAACACGUCUUCCAACGGCAAGUACAUGUGUAAACUUGUUAAAGCUGCCUGUUUAUGGAUCCAAACAAAUUUUACGUGACAAGCUUAGCAUUGCCAUUCAAGCAAAUACUGGCUUUGGUUUUAGCUAGGAAAUAAUAGACGAGAUCCUUAAGCUGAAAAAGAAUUCGGUGAUGAAUAUUUUAAUGACAAGCCAAAAAUUAACUAAAGUCUAUGAACUGUAUUUGCCGCAGUUUCUUGUAUUAGUGGUAAAGAGCGACGAACAAGCCAGAUUGUUGAACAACGCAUGCUAUUAUAUUUAUUAUUUGCUGCUAGUUGCAUGGAGACGAUCUGAGUUUGUUAUGUCACAUGUGCUAUGUUCUGCACAUUUAAGAACUCACUACAUUUUAGUUAGCUUUAGAAACAUAGUAAUUGACCGCUAGUGAGGAGAAAAGCAUUUCACACCCCGUCAGCUUAACCCUCGGAUCGUGCUCCGUAAGUUUUUCCGUUGGUAAUUCCUUG